UCAAGUUGUGUCUACUAUUUUUUUUUUGUCUUUUGUUUGCUUUAUCACUUCCAAUCACCAUCAUAAAACGAACCCAUUAUAGAUUAAAUUGUAAGAAAAAACCUUAUCUCCACUCAUUAGCUCUUAAUUAAUGAUCAUCCUUAAUCAAUUAUUACUUCAAUACAACAAAACAAAACAUAAAUGCAGCACUGAUAGAAAAGUGCUCUGCUAGCAAUAGUCAGUCAUUUAUUAACGCGUCUGGAUGACGACGUGAUGAAAUCCAAUUGUAUUAGCUAAUAAAAGAACAUUUUGUUAUCAAUUCCCGAAGGAAAGAAAAGUUGUCUUUGUUUGUUUGAUUUUGGAAUCGAUUUGAUCAACUUUUCCCAAAUGGCUUCGUACACUCGCGAAAAAAUCUACAAAUCAUGGUCACACAUUCCCGAAGUAACCUUAAUCAAAGAAGUCGCUACCAAAGGUGAGCAUAUUCAACUUUGUAUUGAUUAUUUAGCUUCGAAAAAACAAAUCCCACUCCAAGAAUGUAAACAAUAUUUUCACGAUGUUGUCGAUUCUUAUGUGGCAAGAUUACUCGGUGAGAAACUUGUCUGCAAAGCAGAGAAUGUUCUAAAACAUGUCCAACGCAAUGUCAAAUGUGUCUUCCUUGAAUUCGGCUUCGAAUGUACAAAUGAAGAAGUCAAGGAAGCAAUUGUUGAACAUUUAAAGAAAAAGGAUCCUGUAAAUUUUGAAGAAGAUAUGAGAGAACUUUAUUUUUAUCAUUGCAUUGCAAUUCAAAUAAAGAACUGCCCUGACUUGCUAGAGCAAGCUAACAAAGAGAGUCCAAAACGAAUGAGUUUGGAGAAUUUUCUUCAUCUAUCUGAAUCGACUCAAAGAAAACUUAUGGCCAAAUUGUAUAUUGUAACUAGGAACGCGAAUAUCUUGAGUCGAAUUAAAAAACAAGAUUUAUGGGAUUGUUUUGUUGAGGGCCAACAUUUCUUGGAAUUAAUUCAAUGGUGUUUUGCCACUGAAACACAUUCCGAAGAAGAUGACUGCUUUUCCAAGUGGCCUGUUGAAGUUGAAAUGUAUGAAUUCGCACUCAACAAACUAAAAAACCCACCGGACACAUUAAGGAAUCACUUUGCUCGGAAAGGAUUCAUCUUUACUGAUGAAAAAUUUGAUGUUCCUUUGGCUCUGAGAAGAAUUUGCUCCUCGGAAAGCUUUAAAACUAAUAAAGAAAUCAUUGAUAAACUUGCUAUUGGUCAAUUUAUUAUGUCCAAUCCAAGUCUUUAUCCAGUUCUUCUGAGAGAAUUUGUUUCUACUAGAGAAUUGGAAGAGAUAAGAGAAUCAACUGCGAAAGAUAAAGAGUUUCUUGAUAUGAUUCUCUCAUUGAAAUAUCACGAUAUUAAAUCUAGAGCUGGAUUUCAACAAAUUACCUACUCUGUCCGAGCUUAUUUAGAUAGUAAAAACCUUGAAUUUGAUGAUUCAUCUUUGUCGUUGGUUGAAUUCCUUAUGAAUGACGCAAAUAGCGUAUCAUCUCUCAAUGCAUUCCUUCAUUCAAAUCAGAUGACAUAUCUUCAAACUUUGGCCAAACGAUUGGAGACCACCUCGCCAACACUUCCAUCGCCUUAUGAUUUUUUGAAACGUUUUAAAAAUCUUGAUUUCCAAGAGAUUUGUAAUGACUCGGGAGUUGAAGAGGUUGCAUCAUUUUCAAAUCCUCUUCUUUGUGAGAAAUUCUCACGGAAAUAUCAACUUAAUUUUCUUCAUUAUCUGAAACAACAAAGAAGCAGUUAUGCGGCGUAUUUUUUCUUUAUUGAGCACCUGAAAAGCUAUUCCCAGAUCACAAAAGCCCAACUAUUUACUUCCACCGAAACUGUAGCUGAAUUGGCUUUGCAAAGUUCGACAAAUACUGAUUUGGUGGCACAUUGUGUGGCAUUUAGUGAAAUGCUUGGAUUUGACACACAAAAUUUGAGGAGUUUCAUAAAACUGACCCGAAUGUCUGAUGGACAGGAAGAGAAUGGAAAUCAGUUUUUUGGAUUUGGAGAUCUCAUUGUGAAUUGUGAACAACGUUUAGCUCAGGAAUUGGAUGUGUUUCCUUUGAGUGAAUAUCAGGCUUUGAUGAGGAUUGCAGAGUGUAAUCAGUAUAAGAAAUGGCCGGAAGUCAUUAUUGAGAAGUACUGUCGGGCGAAUGACUGGUGGAAAGUUUUAGUCCUUAUUCAGUUUUUUGAUAUUCCUUUGGAGCAGGUGAAGAAAAUUGCAAGACUAUUUCGAUGUAAAGAAAUCGGUGAGCAUAUAAUUCGGGCACUUUCAUUUGAACCCGGAACAGAGAAACCUAAAAGACGACCAAGUGUUUCCAGACAGAAGUCGAGAACGGUUAAAUAUGAAAAUUUACCAUCGACAACAUCAGCUGAAACAAUGACAUCUUCAAUGAGUUCACAAAAUGAUCCCAAUGCUCUUUUCAAGGCAUCCAAUCAGAUUCGUUUUCUUCAUGAAAAUGAUUCUUUAGAUAUUUUUGCUAUAAUCCUCGUGAGUUCGAAUUCAAUUCCUGAGGAGAGAAUAUUCUCGGAUUUGAAUAAAUUUCUCGAGAUUAUCCUAGAUAGUCAUUCCUAUUCGACAUCGGUGAAUUUGAUGAAAAAUUCUGUAAGCUAUAACUUGCCGAUUCUUGCUCUCCUCUCGGCAACUGUGUCGUCACAGAAUCUCGAUUGGAAUUGGUUGAUUUGGUUGACAAUUUCGACUGAUUUUUGGGAUAAAACCAUAUCAAAUAUAAAUACUCUUUCCUAUGGGAUAAAUCGAACUGUUUGGGCCUUGAUUGAGCAUUGCGUCUGUGAUGGUUAUGUCCAGAUGCUUUAUCAAAGCUUUGAUAUCUUCUAUAAGGAGUCUCCAUUUUCUCAUUUCACAACAUUCCUCCAUGAAACAAAUCAACAUAACUUCACCGAUGACGUCGUUAAUGAACUUCGAUUGUUCCUUCUAGCAUGGAGUAAUGAUGACCUGGAACUUCCACUUUGUGAGAAUCCUAAAAAAGAUCAAAUAAUGUUCCAAAUAACACGGCUUUUGAUGCUUCAUUUGAAAGAAAAUUUCAGUUCGAGAUUCUAUCAGGAAAAAUUCCUUACACUUAUUUGCCACUCAGGAAUUAGUGACAUCAGUGGAAUUGUAGACUUUUGUCUUCUCAAAGAAGCCUUUACAGUUAUUCGGGCUAUUCCAUCGAUUGAAAUUAAUUUUUUGAAUCUUCUCGACGAAGAUAAUGUGGAAUAUAAUGAAGUUCUUGGAAUUCUUCUCGAGACUAAUCGAUACGAUGAGGCAAUUAAGUUGUCCUCUUUGUUGAGUCUCCCCAUCAGCAAUAUCGUUUAUGCCAAGUGGAUAUCAGAAGUGGAAUCUCUAGAUUCGGAGAUUCUUGACUUUGAUCGAUAUGAACAGGAAAUUGUCGAUCAUAGUCUUCCGCCUGAGAUUUUGGUGACUUUUUGUCUCUUCUCAGCUGGCCGGAUCAAUCAGUUCUGUCCGAAGAAGUAUAUGUUGUUGAAGCGAGCUCUGGAUGUGAUUAAGAGCAAUCACCUAUUUCCAAAUGAGUCAUUUGAUCGAGAUCAAAUUGAGUAUGAUAUGGUUCUCUGCUACUUAGAAAUCCCCGAAGAAGAUGUUGAUAAAUUGGAUAUCUACUAUUCUGAGUAUUUUGAGGAGAUCAUGUUAAAGGAACGCUGUGUCUUGUAUAAGUCAUUUCUUGAGUUGAAAGAAUUGGCUGGCAUUGAAGAUCUAACAACAAGUCUAAAGACAGAACUCACUGAGAAAAUGAAACUCAGGCUAGCUUUGUUGUUGAAUAAGCUUCUGGAUGAUGGAGAUAUUGUAGAGGCUUUGCGAUUGCAAGCUUUGUUUGAAUAUCGACCGAUUGAUUUGCAUUUUAUUGUUUUCUGCAUGGCUUUGGCCGAGGGUUUGACUACCUUGAGGAAUUUGUCGCAUGAAGAACGUCAGAUGUUGAGUGAGAUCGAAAAGAGUUCGUUUUCGAAAUUUAAUAAGCGAACUUUGGGGAAUCUGAAACCAGGUGGCGCUUCAUCUCCUUAUAAAAUGGGUGAUUUGUCAGAUAGUAGUUCGACUAUGGAAUUAUUGGAAUUUGAGGAAAUUCCUCCGAAAGAGAAACAAGAAACUCUCAAUGCCAUUCAGGGUAUUGCAUCAAAAUUGAAAUUCGGAGUGAAUUUGGGCAAACGGAUUGUGAUGACUUAUCGAGCGGCAAUGUAUUUGGAUAAGGAGUACAUUGAUGUGUUGCGAACGAAGGAUCAAGCAUACUUGUUGAAGAAAGCAACGAAGGAAGAAUGCUUGCAUAAGUUGUUGGUGGUAUCGGAUAUUUUUACAUCAACACAAAUGACACCGAUGGAGAUUGCCGAACACCUUUCCUUUGAAAUCGCUACCGCAGUAAUCCGUCCACGUUUUUACAUCUUCGAAGUUGAUCAACAAUCAAAGAGCAACAAUCAAUUGAAAAACAGUGUUUUAUGGGGUUUUAAUCUUGAAAAAGAAUUCCAUUUAUUUCUCGAACUCUGUCCCAGUACUACACUUCUCGGCAACAGUCUGCUCGAAUAUUGCGAUGCACUGAAAACUUAUCGAAAAUUCCAAGAUGGCAAAGAAUACGAGGAAACUGAUGUUUUUCAAAAACUCUCCGAAAUCAUUCGACUCUAUGGCCUGCCAAAUGCUGCUCCAGGAACAACUCAAGUACUAUCCCACAAGAAACAAAAUCUUAUUUAUGUUGAGUUGCUUAUCAAAGCCCAUCAAUGUUUUGUGCAUGAAUGUUCAAUGGAAGGUAUUGCAAAUGUCUUAAAUAGAGCAAAAGCUCUAAAUACUAUAUUAACAACUGCCAAAUCAUGGUCAUUGAUUGUGAGAAUGCUUAUUGGUUUGGCUAGAUAUCGAGAAAUGUUCUAUUGUUUUGAUUCGUUGAUUAAGAACGACCAAUUUGAAUCGUUGUUGGGACAGUUUGAGGAGUAUAAAGCCGUUAGUUUGCGACAGGCAAUUCUUACUUACCUGAGAGAGUAUUGUCCGGAUAAUAAGGACUAUUUGAAAUUGGCCGGUUUGCAUUUUUCCAUGUACAAAGAAUUGGCCGAGAUGUGGGAGGUUGAGGGACGAGAUGCAAUUGCAAUUGUUUCGAGUUUCUCUCAACCGGGGGAGAUUUCUCCGGAACAACUUAAAAUAUCAUCACAACAUGCAUCACCCAUACCAAAGUUAAAUUGCACCCAGGAUUUGUGUGGACUUUUGAAUCAGGCAUUGGAUUACUUUACCCACGCAACGGAGAGCUACCUGAUGGACAAUAAAUUGCUGCCAGCUCAAAAGAGUGUUGCCAUGGCAGAGUUGGUUGCCAUGCAAAUUGAUUUGGUGAACAAAGGACUGGCGACUGGAAAAUGUGUUUCAGUUUUGGCUGUGCAGUCAAGAGAUGACCUUAAGGAGCUUGUUUACUCGGAACUCAGGGUUCCACAAGCUAUGAUCCUGAGUCGAGCUUAUUCUCUCGAGAUAAACUGGGCUGAAGCUAUUCUAUUCCAAUAUGUGGUUCUAGAACGAAAAGCCUAUCUAACUGAGUUCCAGAAUCAAAUGCAUAUCAGCGAUUCAAUAAUUGAAAAUGUUGUGAAGGGAUUCCAACUGUAUUCCGUGGGUAACCCAACCAACCGACAAAUGGAAGAGAAUUUAUGUGCAUUGGUGGAACAUGUGCAAUCGAUCGCAUUGAAGUACAAAUUGGCUUCAUUAUUGAAUAUGAAGUCGACAGUUAUGUCCCUUUUAAAUGAACAAACUGUUUAUUAUCUCAAAGAUACAAAUUAUGGUCGCAAUGAGGGUAAUAUUGCUGAUGUCUAGUUGUCAGCAGAAAUUAGUUUAUUACAAGAUUUAUUGUUAACAUAUUUAAGCAGGAAUGUAGUUGUUUAGAAUGUAGUAAUAUAGUCCUUUAUGUUAUUUACUCUUAUAAUUUCUUAAGUUUAUGCAAUAUUUUUAUAUAAAAUUAUACAAAUACAAUAUUAAUUGUUAUAUACACUCUUAAAAA